AUCUGAGCGUUCUACAAUAUGGAUCUUAAAACCCCAGUAUCAAUAUUACAAGAACAAAUGGUAAAAAAUGGUUAUUCUCUACCCGUAUAUGAUUUAGAAAGAACUUCGGGGCCCAGUCAUAAUCCAGUAUUUGAAUAUGUAGUCCGUGCAGGUUCUAUAACUGCUACUGGUUGUGCUAAGACAAAACAAGAGGCGAAACAUAAUGCUGCACAGAAUGCUUUAAAACAAUUAAAUGAAGAAGGUGCAUUAAAUACAGUUUCCAGCUGCAAGGAAAGUAAAACUUGUAUAGGAAGUAAUGGAUUGGAAAAUACGACGCAAUCACCUGUAUCAAUAUUACAAGAAAUAAUGAUUAAAAAGGGUUUCUCUCCUGUAUAUGAUCUAAUCAAAGUAGCUGGUGAAAGUCAUAAGCCAAUUUUUGAGUAUGUUGUACGUGUAAACAACAUAACUUCUUUUGGUCAAGGACGUACAAAACGUGAUGCAAAACAUAAUGCUGCAAAGAAUGCAUUAAUAAAACUGAACAAUCUAGAAGGAGGUGAAUUAGCUGAAAAUCAAGUAAAAUUUAUAAAGAAUGAAACAAAUGUAGAUAAAACCGACACCUCAUCAGAAACACUAGAUAAUUCAUGUGAUGGUAGCACGUUUACACCAGUAUCUAUAUUGAACACUUGUUUUUCGCGGGAUGGUGUUUUACCUGAAUUUAAAUUAACAAAAAGUGAUGGACCACAACAUAAUCCAACGUUUGAGUACACUGUAAAAGUAAAAGAUAUUGUAGUUACCGGUGUUGGGAAAACUAAAAAAGAGGCUAAACAAACCGCUGCAAAAAAUGCAUUAGACAAGUUAAAGGAAAAAGGCUUCCAUCCAAACUCACUUGAUAAUACUGCAAAUUCAGCAUACUGUAAUGAUAGUGGAAUAUCUAGCUACUGUGAAGGUGAAACAUAUUGCGAAGAAACUUUACCAAAUUUACUAGAUAAGUUAAAUAUAAGUGAUAAUUAUGAAAAUGAUGUUACCGAUUCUGAUAUAAUACAUAAACGCAAUGAAUUAAAAGGCCUAUCAGAUGAUAUCAAUUCAGUUUCAAUAUAUGAAUAUCAUAAUGUAUUAAAAAGAUUAGAUCCACAAAUAAUUAAAAAUGCGAAAAAUGUUUUACAUAAUUAUGAUGAAAAUGAUUUACAAAUAAAAUUAAGAAUUGUUAUGCAAGCUUUAGAAUUUAAUUAUAAUAUAGAAGUAUUACCGUGCGAAGAAAUAGAAAAUUUUGGAUUUACAAUUAAAAUUAAAACGAAUCCGAUUCAUGUAAUUGCAGGAAUCGGCAAAUCAAAGGAAGAAGCUGAGCAGAAUGUAAUUUUAAAUACAUUUACAUUUUUGGACAUUAUGUUAAACUAUACGAGGUUAUGUGAGGAAUUUUUUUUACUGUUUCGUAUGACUUCAUUAGAAGUUAAAAUAAUAUAUUAUCCGCGAAAUAAUAUGUCUACAAAACGGGAAAAUUCAUUAGAAGAUACAAAAAAAUUCGUUAAAAAACAAAGGACGCAGAUGGCGAAUAAAACACCCGUUAUGAUAUUACAAGAAUUUAUGGUUAAACGAAAAGGGACACUAGAAUUUAAUUUAACACGCCAAUCAGGCGGAACUCACGAUCCUGUAUUUGAAUUCGUUGUGAGGGCAAAUCCAGUGACAGCCAUCGGUAUUGGACGAUCAAAAAAAGAAGCAAAACACGAUGCUGCUAAAAAUGCUUUAAAAGAACUAGCAGAAUUAGGGUUAUAUUCACCAGAUAAUGAAUAUGGAUACUUACAUUCUAGUCCACGCCGAGAUAGUCCCGAUAGUUUUGAUAAAUUUCAAGUGAACUUUGUCGGCCAAUUAAAGGAAUUUUGUGCGGAGAAACGAUUACCUGAUCCAAAAUUUGAUAUCAUUUCUGACAUUGGACCACCGCAUGCAAGAAAAUUUACAAUGUCAUGUUCGGUAGCGUCUGUAAAAUGUACAGCUACACAAAAUACCAAAAAACUAGCUAAACAAUCUGUUUCAAAGAAAAUGUUACAAUGUUUAAUUGAUACCGUGGAUUGUGGUGGAAUAAUUGUACCUUAUGAAGAAUUGUCAACGUGUGAUCAAGAAGCAAUGGAUAAACGUGAUGAAUGUAAGGGUCAACCAACAGUAAAUUUAAGUCGAAGAAUAUGUGAUUAUCCACAUUCAUUUCAUGAAUUAGAUGCGGAAUUAUUAUCUAACGCAAAAGCUAUAUUAGAAAGUGAAGAAGAAGAAAGUAUAGAAAAGAAAUUAGAAAAUACGUUAAAUGCAUUAGAAAUUACUUAUUCAGUUGAGGAAUUACCUAGUGCUGUAUCGAAUAAGUUUGGUAUGUCUGUAAAAAUUCAAUCGGAUCCAUAUUACGAAAUACCAGCAUUUGGAUUGUCAAAAGAAGAGGCUGAAAAAUUAGCUGUAUUUGAUGCCAUACGCUUUCUUAAAAUUAUGUUAAAAUGAUUAAAAUGAAAAAAAUUAUGUUAAAAUGAUUAUGUUAAAGUUCCAAAUGAUUUCAUUAAUGUUUAUUAUGAAUAAAUGAAAUUGGUUUAAUAUUAAA